AUGCACUGGUAUCAGUUCAUCGGGCCUGCGAUGCUGUGCAUAUGUCCUGUUGCGCGGGCGGGUGGCCAUGCUUACGAUUUUAUGGACUUCAACGUCAAGCAGCAGACAGUCUCCGUGGCGCGCGGUGGUGAACCACUCGCGGCCGAAGUUUACAGCAACAACGUCUGGGUCGGCAUUGUGAACCGAAUUAAGGGCGAUAAGAAGAGGGAAAACAAGGCCGACCUCGCCUUUCCAUAUACUAGCGGCGACAACACAUGGAUCUCACUAAUUGGGCAGCUCAAGAAAGGGGAGCUGCAGGAUAUGAAGGAGCUCGUCGAGGGCGUUAUCGAACAAGUCCAGAGCAUCAAGGGCGUCGGUGACGUCAUUUUCGUGAAUCGCAGCCUGCAGGACAUCUGCCGGGUCGUGGUUUCUGACCAUCCAAAAUACGAGGACGACGAUUGGGUCAGUGUCGAGGAAUCUGCCGUUAGCUCGUAA